UUCCUGUCUUUUAAAAUGGGUCGUUGUGUUGGCAAGCCACUGACGCGCGUAAACAACAUAUUUGUUAUGGCGCAACGAGUGCUGAAGAAAUCAUCAGACGAGCACAUUUCAAUAAAAUUAUCAAUUUGAAACGUUCUGUGCUCGUUACGUACUGUCCCGGAAAAAAACAACCGGAAGUUGGAAGUCAUCAAUACCCCAUUCAUCUAUUCACGCUGAAGCAGACAGGCUGCAAACAGGUGAGUUAGUGUUUAUCGUAAAGUGUAGUUUUGGGGAGAUUCAAGAAUCGCUGAAAGUGUAAUAGAGAUGUAUGAAUACCUGCUCGGGAUGGUGGUCUUUUAUUAUCUCUAUCGCUGGUAUAAGGAAAAGAAAAGAGUGUCAGAGGAAUGCGAGAAGUACGUGUACAUCACGGGGUGUGACUCCGGCUUCGGCAGGCUGUUAGCCAGGCGCUUGGACGCGCUGGGCUUCUGCGUGAUCGCGUCCUGCAUAACGGAAAAGGGCGAAGGGGACCUUAAAAAAGACUGUUCCGCUAGACUGACCGCCGUGCACCUCGAUGUCACCAAGACUGAUAGCGUGAGCAAAGCGGCUGAACUGAUCAAAACCAAAGUUGGGGAAAAAGGCUUGUGGGGUUUGGUGAACAACGCAGGGGUGUCUGUGCCGUGUGGACCCUGUGACUGGCUGACCAUCGAAGACUACAAGUCUCUGCUAGACGUUAACUUGAACGGACUGAUCGCCGUGACCCUCAGCGUGCUCCCCCUCAUUAAGAAAGCAAGAGGGCGUGUGGUGAAUGUGGCCAGUGUGCUCGGUCGGAUUAGUUUACAGGGUGGACCGUAUUCCAUUUCCAAAUUUGGAGUAGAGGCCUUCAAUGACAGUAUUAGGAGAGAGAUGAUUCAUUUUGGAGUCAAAGUCAUAUGCAUAGAACCAGGGUUUUUUAGAACCAAUAUGAGUAGCAGUGAUGUUAUUCAAAGGCAAUUUGAGAAACUUUGGGCCAAAUUGCCACAGGAAAUCAGAGAGGAUUAUGGAAAUGAUUACAUUGACAAAGUGUUCCACCAAAAGCCGGUUCUGGAAAAGAUGCUAGAUGAUGAUCUGAUGAAAGUGGUGUCCUGCAUGGAGCACGCCCUCUGUGCUGUCCAUCCUCGCACCCGCUACUCCGCAGGCUGGGACUCCAAGUUCCUGUGGCUGCCUCUGUCCUACAUGCCGUCCUUCAUCUCUGAUUACCUGCUCAUCAGAAAGGGAGCAAAACCAGCAAAAUCUGUGAUAUAGCCUCAUAUUUCUGUUUAGUAUGGGAACAACAUAUUGCUAUAGUGAACUUAUCUAUCACUACCUAACAUAGGCAAACCGUAACAAAAUACAUACAUUCAUUGUUGAGUGUGCUAAUUACAUUAAUUGGAAAGUAGUAUUGACGUUUCAGAUAUGAAUUUUUAUGUAGUUUUGUAAAGUUUUAUUAUUCUCAUGUAAUCAGGAAAUGACAUUGCAAAGCCUGAAUUAGAAAUUCAAAUUUAGUUCAUAUAAGUACAUGGUUUUAAGCAGAUGUUCUUUGGGUCUUAGUUUGGUUAGUGUAUUUUAAUAUGUUAUAAGUAUAGUAAGUAUGUUUUAAUGUUGUUAUACUUCUGCUUCUCUGGGGGUUUUUUUGUCUGAUGUUUAAUUUUCGUCCCUCUUAAUAGGUUACUGUGGCUUGGCUUCUAGCUGCCAAUCUGACUGGACUAUUCAGAUUUGUACUGGAUUGUGUAAAUAAAGAGGCUGAUACUCUGAA